AUGGCUCUAAAAGCGCUAAAAUGCCGCAAAUCAAAACGCCAGAAAUCCUCCCUCCGGUACAAGGUUAUCAAGAAGAUAGCCGAUAGCAAACGCAAGAAGCUGAAGGAGGCAAAGAAGCUGCCCAAGCUUAAAAGCAAAAAACAAAAGCUAAUCCAAGUGCCGAACAUAUGUCCAUUCAAGCGGGAAAUCAUUGCGGAAGUUGAAGAGUAUAAACAAAAACAGGAGGAACUGCGCCAACAGGACAGAGAACGGCAGAAGGCACAGCGUCAGGAAGAGUUACGCUCGAAGACGCUGCAGUCGAUGGUGGCCGAUGCUGAGAAACGACAAGAUCAAUUCAGUCCGCAGACUGGCGAGGAAGAUGAUUACGCAAACGUUUCCGGUGGUGGUGGAAAGGAAAAUUCACUGAAGGCUUACUUUAAGGAGUUUAAGAAAGUGGUCGAUGCGGCGGAUGUUGUGCUGGAAGUGGUCGAUGCUCGCGAUCCACUGGGAACUCGUUGCGCCGAAGUAGCGAAGAUCGUUCGUGAAGCACCCGGCCAGAAGCGAUUGGUAGUGAUUCUGAACAAGGCUGAUCUUGUACCGCGCGAUAAUUUGGAGCGCUGGAUGAAAUACCUUCGUCGCUCAGGGCCGGUUAUUCCGUUCAAGGCAACGACACAAGCACAGAAGUCUAACAUUGGCCACAAAAAGUUUAAAUCUGCCAAAAGCUUCGAAUGUUCGCCCUGCAUCGGUGCGGAUUUGCUGAAGGAACUGUUGGCUAACUACUGCCGUAGUGACAACAUUCGUACCUCGAUCCGGGUCGGUGUGGUAGGGUUACCGAAUGUGGGAAAAAGUUCACUGGUGAACUCUUUAAAGCGCAAACGUGCCUGUAUGGUCGGAGCAAAACCGGGAGUUACCAAGCAGAUGCAAGAGGUACAGAUCGAUUCGCACGUUAAGCUGCUGGACAGUCCUGGAAUUGUGUUCCAGCGCCCGAAAGAGCAGGACCAAAACAAAUUUUACGCCCUCAAAAAUGCACAGCGUGUUACGGAAAUUCAAGAUCCUUUUCCAUUGGCGAAUGAUAUCCUCAAGCGUGGCACAAUGAUGUACUUCUGCAAGCUGUAUGACAUUAGUGAGUUCCAUUCGACGGACGAGUUCCUCGCCAAGAAAGCCAUCCGUAUGGGUGCGUUAGCGAAGAAGGGUGUACCGGACGUUAAGAAGGCGGCACGCUGUCUGAUAGAGGAUUGGAACAGUGGCAAGAUCAAAUACUGCACCCAGCCACCCGAGGAUAACGCGGACGAGGUGCAUCUCGAUGCACAGCUCGUUACGUCCACGGAAAACGUGCCCGAGCUGGAUCUCGAUCAGCAGCUCGAUGCUAUCGUGGAACAGCUGGGCAAUCAGUAUGAGGCAAGCUUCAACAUGAAGGAUGGCGACGGUAUGAAGGUGGGCAUCAAGAAGGAGGAUAUUCUUACGAUGGAUGUUGACACGGGCGGUCCAGUUCAUAUGAAACUGGCAAAAAGCGAUCAGCUGCCGGUUUUAUCAAACGAAGGAACAAUUAUUGAACGGGACGAUGCUAUGGAGGGUAAAACCGGCGAUGGCAAGAGCCGCAAACGGAAGGUGAACGAUUACGCGGAGGAGGAGAAAAAAUUCCGAAAAGAUCCGAUGUUUUUGCUGGAGGGAAAUCAAACAGCAAACCGAAACAAGAAGCAAGAGAUGAAGAAACGCAAAAAGCAACAGAACAAGUUGACCAGCUCGGUCAAGGAAGAAAAGGAAACGUACGAUUUUGAUGAUGAUUACGGUAUGGAAGAUCAAGAGUAG